UCUCGUACUGGGUCUCCACUCUCCCACUUCCUUCGCCUCCCCUUCCCGGCCCCCCUCCUUCUUCUCCUCUCCCUCCCCCUCCUCUACGCCGUCUCCCUCCUCCUCCUCCUCCCCUCCUCCCCCUUCCGCCGCCCCCUCCGGACAUCGUUUCCUUGCGGCGCCUCGCCGAUCGACCUCUCCGCCGGCCGAUGGGCGCGCCGCUCGACUCUCACCGCCCCUCUCUACGACGCCUCCUGCCCUUUCCACCGCAACGCCUGGAACUGCCUCCGCAACGCGCGCGAUGGCAUGGACUCCAUCAAUUCCUGGGCCUGGAUCCCCGACCGCUGCGGCGGCGCGCCGGUUCCGCGGAUCGACCCGGCUGCGUUCCUCGGAACCGUGAGGGGAAAGAAGAUCGGCUUCGUCGGUGAUUCUCUGAACGAGAAUUUCCUGGUGGCCUUCCUUUGCACUCUCAGGUCGGCUGAUGGCGGGGCGAAGAAGUGGAAGCGGAAGAGGGCGUGGAGAGGUGGCUACUUUCCCAAGUUUGACGUCGUCGUGGCUUACCAUCGCGCUGUUCUGCUAGCGAAUUAUACGUGGCAGCCUGUGGAUAGUUCAUCUCAGCUAGGUAAAGAUGGAAUCAAGGGAAUCUAUAAAGUUGAUAUUGAUAUACCUGCAGAUGAUUGGGCUAUUGUCACCAAGUUCUAUGAUGUUCUGAUCCUGAAUACUGGUCAUUGGUGGGGUGCUGAUAAAUUUCCGAAGGAGACGCCACUUGUUUUUUACAAGGGAGGAAAACCAGUAGACCCUCCACUUGGAAUCUUUGCUGGACUUGAGAUUGUCCUUAAAAGUACGAUCUCUUAUAUUGAGAAAGAAGUCCCGAAAAAGACCAUCAAAUUUUGGCGUACUCAAUCGCCGAGGCAUUUCUUCAGAGGGGAAUGGGACCGUAAUGGUAGUUGCUUGUCGAGUGACCUACUAAGAGAAGAGGAGCUUGAUUCAUGGUUUGACCCUAAAAAUAAGGGAGUGAAUAAAGAAGCAAGGGAAGUGAAUUCUUUGAUUCAACAAGCAUUGCUUGGCACAAGUAUAAGUUUACUAAACCUGACUCACUUGAGUGAGUUCAGAUCGGACGCGCAUCCAGCAAUCUGGUUGGGCAAGAAGGAUGCGGUGUCGAUCUGGGGACAGGACUGCAUGCAUUGGUGCCUUCCUGGCCUUCCUGAUACCUGGGUCGAUAUCUUAGCUGCCCAAAUCAUGUACAACUUUGAAGGAAUCUGAAAUCUCAGGGAGCAUAAGAUCCAGUUUGCUACCACUCUUAAAAGCUCUUCUGUUUAUCCUUGCAGA